AAAAAACAACUCAACCUCAUAUAGCGUUCUCAUACAAUUCUUGACUUUCUACUCUUGCUUGCAAGUUGCAACCAAUUCUCUCUUUAUCUUUCUUUCCCUCUUUCUCUCGUACCAUUGCUGCAAAACGCAUAUCAGUUUUUCCUCACAAGACAUGUGCCCUCUAAGGUUCAUAUUGAUCUUCUUCUCCGCCAUCUUGGCUGCUUAUUUUGCAUGGACCACCGUGAGUUCCUCUCCGGAGAGCGACAUCACCACCGGUCAUGAGAACAAGGACAAGGAACAUCUAAGUUUCAAAAAGAUGAUUCAGAAUGGAUUCUGGGUAUUCAUCGACAUGGCCAGCGGAAAGUAUCUCUGGAGGAAUUUAAGGUCCUUAAAUGAUAAUGUGGAAGUAAAGAGCUCUUAAUUACAUGUUAAUAAGAACUAACCCAACGCCAGUCUUAAUUCUUGCUUAUCAUCAAUUGCUGCAUAAACCUGUAAUUCUCUUUUUCGCUAUAUUGUUUCCCCUAGCUUGUAAAUUCUUGUAUUUCAAAUUAUUCCCCUUAUGUUUCAAUUAUACUAGGGUAUAUAAAAAAGGGGAAGGAACCUGCUUAUAGAAUUAUAAUAAUUUU